UUUCAGUGUGGUCUUUAUAAAGUACUUUUUAUUAUUACUCUCCUUAGACCUGAUGCAUUUAUGGAGAAAUAAUACAGUUUUGAAUCAUUUCAGGUGUGUACUCACUUCUGUAUGUCCAGACCUACAUUUUGAUUGUAAUUCUACCUUUUGCCACUGUGAGAUGUGUGAUUAAUUUCUUCACAUAAAGGUCGUAGUUUUUCUGAUUUCUUCUAAGCUUUCUCACACAAAUGAAAGUGCACUACUAGUUCAUGGGGGCUCAGAAAUAUUUGUCAUCACCGAUCUGCAUGCACUGCUGAACUUAAGAACCACGGCAUUUAGCAGACAGACUAACCGGAAAGACUAUUUUGAUAUACACCACAGACUCUACUGUCAGCACGUCAGUCGCAGUACAGAAGUAAGAAUUUUAAUUUUUUUUAAAAACCCAACGCCACAGCCUGAGAUACUGACAUGCAGCAAAAACCACAAUGACUCUAUAGUGUGUGUCUGUAGAUAGGUAGCACUACCCUGCUCACAUAACUGCUAUAGAGAUUGUUGACUGCAGGGCUAUUUUGAUGUUUUGCCUUGUCUUGUCUUCAGGCAGCUUCAAUAAAAGGCAAACACUUAAGCUUAUUUCCUAUUUCAACUUUCUCGUCAGCACUUUCCACAUAGCAAACAAAGGGGAAAACUGUUCCAAUAACAAUGGUCGGUCUGACCCCUAUACACCCGUAUCCAUGUAUAUGGACAGUGCGGGUACUGUGUGAGCUCCUGAGUCACCCACUGAGGUGGCAGGUACAGUGCUGAUGUGGCGUCAUUGUGGCCAGAGCCCUCAUAUUCUGUCCUCGGCUCACACCAGCCAGGGGAGUAUUUGCUUUCACACAAAGACGGUGCAUUAUUCAGCACACUAAGACUUAACUUGAUAGGGAGAUGGGUGGAAAUAAUCACAGAAAUUUGAGGCUUUUGUUUAGAUGGGAAAGUAAUGACAAGAGUGAGAUGACAGAGAUGAUAGAGCCUGAGUAACAUGCAUCUACAAAGAUGCUCUCUUCAUAUCUGGAUGCUUGGGGCAUGACGUAAAUCAAAGCGGCAUAAAAAUCACUUCAAACUGUAGGGCUGUGAAAGGAGAGGAAAGAAAGACAGUGGCGAAUGAAAGGGACUUGCUGACUGAAGAGGAUGGAGGAAAAAAACACUAUGCCAGGCUGCAUUUUGCCCAAGUGUUGAAAAUAAAAGCUGUAAGACAGAUUUUCGGGCGCAAUAGCGACUGACUGUAAUGAUGAAAAGGCAAUGGGACUGAUAAUGAACCAUCAUUACUGUAGCGGUGAUGGAUUUUCAUCUUCAUGCUGAUGAUAUGAGGAGAUUCAAAUUGAUUAACAGGAAGGAAUCUUGGCUCUUCUACACGCCUUUCAUCCUUUAAUUAGAUCGAUGGGUCCGUUCCUUUGUGCACUGGAAGACUCUAUUCAGAGCGAAGAAAACCCGUGUCACAUAAUAGCAGGUAAAAGAAGAACAAAAGGGAGAAUAGUAAGAGGCACGAAAAUAAAUGCUUCAAGGCAUUUUCAUCUGCUCUGUACAGGCAUUGUAACUUUUCCCCAUUUAUCCGCCCACACAACCCUUUGCUCAGCCCAUCCUUCAAGUCAGCAGAAAACUGUCUUUACUGCAUGUAAAUUUGUGUAAUCCUGACUUUAUGUUCUGUUUUCAUUUCUCUCUUUGUGUUUCUCACUUUGAUCCCCACUAUGCUGCAAACCAGCUUUCUAUUAACCUUUGCUUUAUAUAAUUCUCUGUGGCUGUCAAGUUGGGGGACCUGAUCUUUCUUUUAAUUACUAAACCAAUCUGUCACACCUCUGCUUACUAUUUCUUCAUUUUCUUUAGUUAUCCUCUUCUGUUCUACCCUCUCUCUCCUCUCUUUUCCUCUUCUCUUCCCUUGCUCUCCUUUCUUGCCAUGUCUGUAUCCAUGAGGAACCCACCCCAGCGCCGGCGCUCUCUGGGUCCCGUCUCGCCCAAACGCAUCUACAGAAACCUGUCCGUGAGACUGAAGGGUGGAGAAUCAUCUGUUGCUGCGGAAACAGUCACACCGAAGCACCUCGGCAAAUCUGCAGAGGCUUACAAGACCCUGUGGGAGGCGGUGGAAAAUGAGGACACUUUGGCUGUACAAAGCCUGCUGUCCAGAGAACAGACAAGCUGUGGAGGGGGAAGCUUGUGGGAGAGAGGAGAAAAGAAAGAGAAGGACUGGGAAAGAGAGAGGGAGAAAGGGGUGAACAGGGUCAGCGAUCAGGGCCUGGUCCCCCUGGAUGUGGCUGCCCUUACCCACAACUCCCCUCUGCUCCAUGUGCUGACGAAGGCAGGAGCCAGACACAACCCUGUUUUGUGCCGACCAGCAGAGUGGGCGCUGAAGCUGGAUGCUCUGGUGGCUCUAGCAGAUAAACGGGUAGAAGAGAGGAAGACUGAAUUAGUGAAGAAGGCUGGAGCAGGACCUCAGGCACAGGCUGAAGUUCAGAGGCACAUCCGCCUCUGGAGACUCCGGCUGCAACUGUACUGCCGGAUGAGAGAGAACUUCCACAAGACAGAGCUCCCCGGCCCUCCCAUGCAUGUAUCCAUCUUGGUAACCAGCACAUCAUCUCUGUUUGUGGUGAUCAAAGAGCCAGAGGGUAACACCACGGUGCUCAUCACCCGCUACAGAGUGGAAUGGAGCACCUCAGCCAGCUUUAAACGCAUCCUUGGCUCAGCGCAGGUUACAGAAACCAAGAACCCCUCCUAUAUUAUCAAGGAACUGACAGCAGGAGUGCAUUACUUUGUAAGAGUGAGUGCCUACAAUGUGAAAGGAUGGGGCCCGCCUCAGUGCUCCACUCCAGUCAGCGCUGCCCCCUCCAGCUGGAGAGAGUGCAUUGGUGUCAAGUCAGAGUUCAGAAACCAUGAGGGCCUUGUGAGGAAGCUGCUGGAAGAUGCCAAAGAGUCACAUUACAGAGGAUAUUGCAUAGAGAGCUCUAAGCCCCAGAGUCCCAGUAAGCGUCUGUCAGUGUCUCGAGGCAUCAAACAACUGUUCCAGUCCGCCACCAAGUUUGUUCGUCUCCUACAGAGGGGUGUGUACUUGGCAACUGUGUUCUACCACAAGGAAAACAUCCUGGUGACAGCUGAAGAUCAGAUCCCACUGGUGGAGAUCCAGUGCUGCUCCACCUCCAUCACCCACGACUUCAUUUGGUUUGCCAAGCUGUCCUGUGCCUGGCAGCAAGUGCCCUGGCUCCAGCAAGCCCUUUCCUCCGCUCACUCAUCCCCCUCCUCCCUCCUCCAGAACAGGCACAACAUUUUAAGAGCUAUUUCCCAGCUGCAGUCUUCCCUGGGAACCGAGGACCUGGGCCAGGUGUACUACGAACCGCUCAAAGACAGGCAGGGAAACGUGCUGUUAGUGACUCUGAAGGAGUUCCCAAACCCUCCGAGCCCUCCUGACCCGCCGCUUCACUGGAUCCCUCUGACCCGCCUGGAAAAGAACCGCAGCAGAACUCCUCUGCUGCCUGAGCCCACCGCCAUGGACAUGCUGUAUGAGCAGCUCAAGGAGAAGCUGUCCUUCCACAGGCACAGCAUUCAGUGGGCCCAGUCGGGUCUGUACGUGGGCAUCCUGAAGCUGUGCAGCUCAGUAGAACAGAUCAGGGUUCUGGUGCCUCAGAGACUACCCAAUCUACUGUGCCACACUCGGGUCCGACACAACGCCCACGUUUCCAGGGAGGAGUGGGCGUGGCUCCAGAGUCAUGUUUACACGGCAACCAAUGGCAGUGUUCAGAACCUGUUAAGCGGCGAGGAGGACAGCUUGAUGGAGAGCAGCGGUCUGGUGGAAUUCGUCAGGUCUCUGAGAGCAGCAGUAACGCAUCUCCUGACAAAGCUCAACAUCCCCCUCUACAGGGCGUAUCAGUAUGGAGUGUACACCAGGGAGCUGCUGCAGUUUGGAGAAAAGCUGUCCGUGCUGCUUCUGCUGCCUCCCAGUGAGGACUUCAGCUCCAGUUACUGGCCUCUGGUCGGGACCAAGGAACCCGGACUCACCAUGCCUCUGCAGAUCUUUGAGCUGGUUCACUUCUGGACGUACGAACGGGACUUCCUCUCCAAGUACUGCCAGGCCUGGGUGAAGCUGGAGCUGGACACUCAUCUGGCCCAGCAGGCUCUGAGGGAAGCACUAGACACCAAGGAGGUGCAGGAGGCCCGGGAGCGACUCAACCACAUCACCGAGCUCUCCCAUCGUUUGGAUGUGGUUUGGAGGGAUGCCCGCUGGAUUAUGGACUGUCUACAGUGUGUUCGGUCCAAGCAGUGGGUGGGGGCAGUGCCUCUGGGCCUGGUGAUGGGAGGAGACCCACCGCCAUGUCCUGACGGUGAGGAAGAGGAGGAGAGUCUGACUGCCAGACUGACAUGGCCCCAUCGGAUGCAAGCAAGAGCCAUUACAGAGAGUUUAGUCAGUGUCACUCCCCCAAACGUGGUCACUGCUGAGGUCUCCACUCCAGCAGGACUCGCCGUCGUCCCUGAAGAGGCUGCGCUGGUGUUAAUGGAGGGCGUCGCCAAGGGAGGCUACCCUGUGGACAUCUCUCAGUCGACUGCAGACCUCACGAGCAUUGGGCAGUCAGAAUUAGGAUGUGCGAGCGCUUUAAUAGAGUCUGGACUGGAGCCUGCUGCUGUUGCACAAUUGGAAGCGGGCUACACGGUUCUGGCUGCUCAGGAGUCCUACAACAGGGAGCUGGACUUCCCUUCUAGCAUCACCGAGGUAAUCCGGCCAAUGGAGAUGGCAGAGUUGGUGGACAUCUUGCCGACGCUGAGUCUAAUUGAGGAGGAGAAUCCCAGCGGCCCGUCCACUCCGUCUGUAAUGGAUAUGUUAGAGAGCUUUGGACUGGGGAUCGGUGAAAACGACGCUUUGUUUGACUUGGGGAACUCGGAGUUGAUCGGUGAAAGUGGGCGUCUGUCAGAGCCUGGUGUGAGCGAAACGCACUGUGGCGAUACGGUGCUGCAAGAACAAGGCAUGGCAACUUCUAACGCCACGGUGAGCUCCAAAGAGGGGGACGGGCCUGGUUUGAGCUGGGAUUUUCCUCGACGGGAGACAGAGACUCCGCAGGUUCCCAGUAAAGGAGCAUCUUUUCCAGUGAGAAGCCAGGUGGAGUGGGACAGACCCGCCAACAGUUUAUCCUGAUAUCCACUCAAACACUGACCUGCUUUGAACUUCUGUCAACUUCAAACAUCAGUAGACGGUAACAGCACACUUAUUGUAGAAACAGAAACUAGACUUCUUUGAUUUUGUCCUUGAUUAACUGAAGAUAAUGACUGAGUGACAUCUUGACAGAACCUGAUCUGAGACAUUUAUGAGAGUCAAUCUAAUGAUAAAUGUGGAAAACGAAAAGCACCGCGACUAGACCAAUUUGUGUUGUUGCACAUUUCUGGGCCUGUAGUUUAUCUUUUCUAAUAUUCAAUUCAUUAGACCGUGUCCGAUGUGCAAACUGAGCUAUAGUUGUCUUCAGAAUAUGCAUUACUCACUACAGCGCAAGGCGAUAUUACUGCUUGUUGGAGCUACAAACAAACUCAUUAAAUUCAUACAAGUCAGUCAAAUAGAAGCAUUUGUUUGACAGCCUGUGUAAAACCUGUCACACCUGUAUGUGUAACUGAAUAAUUGCGGUUCUGCUUUGACAUUUAAUAACAUACCAGUGCUUGUCAAGUUUAUUUUAGUUGACACCGAGAUACCUAGUGACAGAAUAAAGCCUAUUAUUUAGACAAGAAAAGUCCAGAGAGAAAAGCAAGCACUGCAAGAAAACACACUCAAAAUAUCAACAUAUAGUCAUGAAAAAGGAGCGUUUCAUUUUAUUUCACAAGGGAUUGUUCACUUUAAAGUCCUAUUCAAAAGACACUGUU